AUGGAGGUGAAGUGGUGGGUCGAUGGCCGUAGAAUCAAGCACAGAGGCUUCUGGUUCAAACCAGAUUUCAUCAAAGCCUCCGAAGAGAUUCAAGCUCACUUCACCCCUCUCUCUUCUGACAUAAUCCUCUCCUCUUUCCCCAAAACCGGCACCACCUGGCUUAAAGCCCUCACCACUUCCAUUCUCAGACACUCUUCAUCAUCAUCAAACAGCGGUACUAAAGAUUGUGUUUCUUACCGUGAACAUAAUGAUGAUGAUGAUGAUGAUGAUGAUGACGUCCUGGGUGCUCUUAAUCCGCACCAAGUCAUACCCUUUUUGGAGAUCGAGACGUUCGGCCAAAGCCCUACAAGGGACAUCGCCAAGAUACCGUCUCCUCGUGUUUUCAACACUCAUCUCCCUCUCUCUUUCUUGCCCGAGGCCGUCAAGACCUCGGGCUGCAGAAUUAUAUACAUAACCCGCAACCCUGCAGACACUUUUGUAUCUCUUUGGCAUUGGUACAAGUACAGGUUCGGGACACAGAUCUCAAUCCAAGAAGCUUUCGAAGAGUUCUGUGAAGGGUUAGUCCCCGCUGGUCCGUACUUCGAGCAUGUAUUGGAGUUUUGGGUGGGGAGCAGAGACGUAAGGACGAGGGACCGAAUCCUUUUCGUGACAUACGAAGAUCUGAAGGAGAAACCGGAAGAGAACGUGAAGAGAAUGGCAGAGUUCUUGGGGUGUUUGAAGGUGAAGGAAGACAGUGAUGGGGAAGUGGAGAAGAUUGUGAGAGAAUGUAGCUUCGAGAGGCUAAGCAAGGUGGAGGUGAACAAAGGCAAAGGACAAGAAGAAGAAGAAGAGCAUUGGAGUGGGACUAAGUUUGGGAUGUUCUUCAGGAGGGGAGUCGUGGGAGACUGGAAGAAUCAUUUGACCCAAGAAAUGAUGAAGAAGCUCCAAGAGAUUGCUGAGGUGAAAUGGGCAGCCUCCGGUUUGGAUCUCGACAUUUUUACUCGUUAA